AUGGUGCAGACUAUCAUCCCGAUCGUCUCCCAGCGGACCCCUCCGCAUGCAACCCGGCCUUCGCAGCAACAGGAGACCCUCGUCCGGACUCACGUACCACUUCCCGAGCUCCCUGGCUCGCCACAAAACCCGAGAACUUGGCCCGGGAGCCAGGAGGCAGAAGACACGGCGAGCCGCCCCGAGCCCGAGGCUCCGUCUGCCGACUCAACAAAUGCCCUACGAGCUCAGUUGCGCCUCGUCAGUCAAAGACUCGACGAAGUACAACAGGAAGUUUGUAAGUCAAAAGGAGAGCUCAGGGUAGACGGACAGCAAGGAUCCCCGUUCACCCCCGAGAUACAAGAUCAGGCGAUCCCGUCACACUUCCGCCUCCCCUCGCUAGACGCGUAUGAUGGCGCCGCUGACCCAGCGGACCACGUGGCCGCUUUUCGCGCCCAGAUGGCACUAUACGAGACUUUCGACACCUUGAUGUGCAGGGCGUUCCCAACAACUCUGCGGGGGCCAGCCCGCGCGUGGUUCAGCAGCCUGAAGGCCGGGACCGUCGCCUCCGUCGACCAACUCGCCAAAGAUUUCGAGCUUAACUUCCUGGCUUACGCUCGCCCAAAGCCGUGCGUGGUGUUGCUCCUCGGACUCAACCAAAGGGAGGACGAGCCCCUCUCCCAUUUUGUGAACCGCUUUACGACGCAAAUUCACGGGCUGUCGGAUGCUCACCCCUCUCUGUUGAUGCAGGCAUUCAUGAUAGGCCUGCGGCCUUCCAGGUUCUUCUGGUCUCUCGUGGAGCGGCCCCCCGUCGCGGUCCCCGAAAUGCUUCAACGUGCUAGUCAGUUCAUUGCCGCGGAGACAUGGAUGGCUGGGAAGCGGGAGGAGCACAAAAAGGUCAAGUCGAAGCUGCCCCGACAGCAACAACCCGUCGCGUCCCGGCGUAAGUUGGACGGAUCCGACCCAAGGCCUCCUCUCCCCGCCUUGAAUUCAUCCCGAAUAGAAAUAUUUCUCCAUGAGAAGGGGAAGGGGCUACUCAAGGACCCUCACCCGAUGAGGAACCCGCGAGAGCUCGCGGACAGCUCAAAAUAUUGCCACUUCCAUCGGUAA